AUGAAUCAAUUGCAAAGCCUUCUUCACGAUUCGUUGAUAGCAACGGGCCACAUACAACAUUGUGCUAUCAUUCGGCGAAAGGACACUUCGCUGCGAGCGAGUACAGUUGGAUUUUCGGUAAGCGUAAGUUUAUAGUAUUUAUGUCAGGGAAAUUAAUAUGAACAGCUUGCCCAGCUCACAUGCAAAUUUUUUCAAUACGAGGCGGAAUGAUGUUUCUCAUAAACUGAAUGUACAAUUUUAUUUCUUCACAGCCUUCAUUGGAUAACAUCCAUGCAUUAGUUCAUUGCUUUACAAACAGCUCACUUGCCAGAAGAGAAGGUUUGAAGUUCCAGGAUACAGUUUAUGAAUGUGUGAGAGCUGACAGAUUCUCUGUUUAUGCCAAGAAAGUAAGAUGGCCAAGAAAUUUCCCCAAAUUGCACAUCUCCCAUAAUGCACCUUGUUUGCGUAGUGCCAUUAAUAGCGUUGUUUUCGUUGUUUUCAAUUUUUCUUUAGAUGACUCAGAGACUGUACUACCAAGGCUGCUGAUGUUAAUGCCUUUAAGCGUCAGGGCCCAGUUGUUUGAAAGCUGAUUAGUGCUAACCCGGGGUCAUUUUAAUGCGGGUUUCUUUUUCUUUUGUUGAAAAGCAUUUUCUUUGUUAAUUUCUCCAUUUAUUCUGGAGCACUCUAUCUUGUAGACAAAAAGAAUAUAACUAAAUUUACUUUUAUGGCUUUUAUUUCUGAGUUUUAAUGUAGCACUAUUACCCUGGGUUAUCUUAACUCAGCUUUGAACAACUCGGCCCAAGAGAAAAAGGAACUUACACAAACGUAGGACAGCUGAAGAAGGAAGACAUUAAACCUGUGUGACAAGUGUGACAUUAAUAAUGUUUGGAAAAUAUUUGCACCAAACUUCACCUUCCUUUAAAAUGAUCUUUUUGUAACAGAACAGAACAGAGUAAUGUUAAGUGAAAGGUCAAGACAAAACAUGCAAGUCAUAUUUCUGUCAUAUUUGUUACCUGGAUGUUUUGCCAUCCUCUUUUUUUUUCUGCUGUCCUGCUUUGUAAACUGGCAAACAAAGUGUUUUUAUAUUUCUUUUAUAAUUAUUACUUGACCAGGGAUAGAUUGCAUGAUUUAAUUAUCGAAUGAAAGAUUCCCUAAAAUCUUUUCUUGUUAGCCUCAUUAAUUUGAAGAUAUUCCAAAAUUGUUGAUUGUUGACAAAGCUAAUCCAAGGGCAAAAGUUCAGACAUAUAAAGUCUGUCAAUUGGCUGCACCUAUCAGUUUUAGUUGUUUUAUCCGAUCAUUUCUUGUUUAGAAACUGCACAAUCGGCAUUAAGAAUUUAUUAUUCUGUGGAGUAAUAUAACAUGCAUAUUUUGUCGAGUGAGCAAAACUCAGAUUUUACAAAAUGAUGUACACUUAAAGCCACCAAACAGUCGCCUUCUUUCCAGGUGACUGGACAAUUCUUUGCAUCCCUUAAUUUCAAACUUAAAAAAUGUUUUAAGGUGGUGAAACAUGAUAUUAUUACUUGCACCCAGUUAAAACACGUUUUUCCAUCAGAUGUCCACACUCAUGAUCAGAUGCAAAAAAUGGUACCUUCUAACCUGCGAAAACAUGCGUUUCUCCUCACUCUUCGCCGAUGGGGAUGUUUCGCGCAGAGGAGCGUCUGCGACUCAGCGACAGAAAUUCCAUACUGAUAACGUAAAAUCUGUCCGGAAUCCGGCUAGAAGCGCUGAUUGGUCGACAGAGUAGUUACAUUGUUUUAGCUAUUGUUUACGAAUGACAGACAAAAGACAAAAGGCCACAAAGGUCAAAUGUAAACGCGAAGAAUCUCUAACAAAACAGUCAAUAUUUGUGGAAUAUAGUCUUCUCUAGAAGAAGCAUUGAGUUUUGCUGGAGCUCGUUGGAAGAUGAACACAACACUUUACCAAAAUCGACCAGAAGACAUGUAAUAUUGGACAAAUUUAUAUUUAAAACUCCAUGACUACUGGAUUUGUUAUGUAAAAAUUGGUUUGCGUCAUCAGUAUGGAAUUUCUGCAGCUGAGUCGCAGACGUUCCUCCUCAUAAUAACUAUGCAUGGCAGUAGUAAUAGGUGUUAACUUGAGCAAAAACUCGAGAGAAAAUUUUAUUUCAUGUUCAAAAUUCGCCCGUUCUGGCUUUCCCAAAGCUCCUCAGAUUCUGGUCAGAAGGUCUGAUUAGUUGACAUGGUAAUUUGAUACUCCCUCUUUUUCUAUUUUUUAUUAUUAAUUUUAAAAAAAAUCACAAAACAACUACUGACAGUAAUUUUUAAAUUUACAGAAAUCAUUGUCUAACAUUAUUGACUAUGUACCACAUAAUAGCAGGUCAUCAGUGUGAAGGACACAUGAUGUGGAUUCCAGAAGAAAAAUAAAAAGAUAAUUACAGUGACAAUAAUUAUAUAUAAAACAAUAAACAAAAACAACAGCAACAACAAGAAAAAAGAAUACACGUCGUAAAAGCAUAUUAAAGGAGAUGUUGAAAGGUGUUUUCAACGGUGGUACUACUACGGCUCUUUCAGUAUUUUUUUCCAAAUUAUGUAUGAAAAAAACAGAAGUUGUCAGGCCACAAAUUCACAGUAGAACUCAAAAUAUAGUGGCAAUCAACCAGGAGAAACAAAACUAUUUUCUUUUUCUUCUGUGUCUAUGAUAAGGAAAACAUGGGGAUAAUCUUGGUGCGAACAGCUACGUUAUUAUUGGUGGCCACAUAUACCCCUGAAAUGAGUCCAAGUAUUUGUGUGGAGGCUGUAGAAAAAUUGGGUGAGUUACACAAUAUUGCAAUUGAUAACACAGUGUAUUAAUAUCACAGAGCUGUGCCUUUUAUGGUUUCUGAUAGGGUCAUUAAUUUAGUGCUAAUAAAAUCCUGGAUUAAAAUUUUCAAAUUAAUCCAAGAUUUUUUAUUAUCUAUUUUACUACAGGACUAAGUUCUUCAGGAUAUAAUUUUUUCUAAGUUAGAACAAUAACUUGAUUUCAGAAUGAAGGCUCAACAUUAUUACAUGUUCCAUGACAAGAAAACCUUGCUUUAAAUUUGUUUUGCUUGUGAAUAUAGCCAUCUAUUCAGUCCAUGGCCUGAUCAUGAGAUAUUGCUAUCUCCCUACCUCUUUAUGUCUUCACAUUAACCCUGCCCUGCUUGACCCCACCCUGAUUCUCCCCCACCCCCCUCCCCCACAAUGUCCCCAAAACACCUUUUUGCAAGUUAUCUGCUAUCUAAAUUCUGUUGCAAGACACAUUGGCAUUAAAAUGCCUCUUGUGACAUAACUGAUGAGAUAUUUUUUCUGCUUCAACCCUUUGCAAGAUUUUGAUGUGAAUUAAUAAUCUAGACUCAAGAACAAUGUAAUAUGUAACUGCAGUAAACUUCAUUAUUUAUUUUAUUAUAUUUUUUUGGUGGGGAAGUUAAUUGCUUAAUAUACUUCAAAAGAUUAGAGUAUUGUAAAGGUGAUUCAUAGAUACAGUAUGUAAUAUUUCCAACCAGCAAUAUAGAAAAUGAGGCCAAAUUUGCAUAAAUUCCUUUAUAAGGUCAUGGCCUGCUAAGAAAUUUCAUACUGAAAUCAUGCUUCACUUACAUGUAAAUCUCUGUGCCUUGUUUGACAGCUGACUACUUCAGAGAGAAAGGGAAGUGAAUGCUACAACUACGAUGUGCAGUGAUCCAGUUUGGCUCCUUAACAAUGUAAUAUGUAACUGCAGUAAACUUCAUUAUUUAUUUUAUUAUAUUUAACCACAAAUAAUUUUGUUAUUGUAAGGAGUCUUUAAUAUUUCUCUUUGUACAAUUAUAUCUACUAAUAGUUAUACAUGGCAUUUGCCAUAAGUGUCUUACAUUAGCCUGCAAUGCAUACAGCUGCCCUAUGCCGCCUCCUUUAAAAAUAAAAACUGGGAAAAGGGACGCCUGUGUCGCACUGCCAUAAUAAUAAUAAUAUCAUCGUCAUCAUCAUUAUCAUCAUCAUCAACUUUAUUUAACAGUAUUUUAACUGAAGAACUUUUUACAAUGAUAUUAUUGAAGAACUAUAGUGACCCCCUUUUGUGUUCAGAGAUAAUUCACAUUAUUAUUAUCAUUUUUAAAUGAAUAUUUUUAUUUUAAUUUGGAGAGUUUUAAAAGGUAUUGAUGGGCCAACAUGGCACUCGUACAGCACAUACAUUUAUACAGUUAUUCUCAGCCUUAAAUUGGCUCUAACUAGAGCAUUUUAGCAAAAAUGCUUUGGAGGAUUCCAAUACAGUCAUGUUUCCCUGUUGUAAUGAGGUUAGUAUGUGGUGGCACUACAUCAUUUUGGAUAUUUGGGGAGGUGGUAGCAGUACACCGGCUACCUUGCGUGAACUGCAUGGAAGUUUUGUAGUUUAUAAUUUUGAAGAGUUUACUGCAGAAAGGGUCUAUGUAAAUUUUUUUAAUUUUUUAUGUAAAAAGUUGGCAUUCCUCUAACAAAAUCUGUAAAUUUGUCUGAGUUGUUGCAAUAAAAAAUUGGGACUUCAUUUUAAGAAGAGUUUCCUUAAACAAAU